AUGUCAGAUUACACGCCCUCCCCAACGUUCCACGAAGCGGCGUCUUACCUUUCCAAAGCCUCUUCUCUAUCACAAACAUCAAAUGCACUCAAACUGGAGCUCUAUGGCCUCUUCAAGGUCCUCACCAUCUCUCCGACACCUAUCGGUUCAAGACCCUCGUUCUUCGACAUGACGGCUCGCGCGAAGUGGGACGCUUGGGCUCAGAUGGCGAAGGAUUACGAGGGCAGAGUGGAGGGUGCGGAAACGCGGUAUUUGGAGAUUGCGAGGGGUCUGGGGUGGAAGGAAGGAGCUCCUCUACUGUCGUCCGAAUCAUCUGCUGGCGAGGAUGCGGACGGUCGGGGAGGUGGGACGGGGAUGGGGAUGGGGGUGUCGGUGAGCGUGCUUUCGGCGCCUGCUCUGGAGGCGGACGAGGCUGGGACACUGCAUGGGCUGGUCGUAGAGAAUGAUUUGGAUGCGUUGUCGGCACUUAUCGAGGCGAAUCCUACUAUUGAUUUGAAUGCGAAAGACGAAUAUGGAUAUACCCCGCUUCAUCUCGCAUGCGACAGAGGCAACGUCGCGAUAGCCCAUUUACUACUACAGCACGGCGUGGACCAAAGCAUACAGGAUCCAGAUGAGUUUACUGCAAAAGAACUAGCCAACGUUGCUGGCCACGACGAGAUUGCUGCGCUGCUAAGUUAG